GACAAUACACACCCUGAGCACACCCUUCCCUGCACGUUCGACUACAACCAUCGACAUCCUUGACUCGAACCACCACCACAAAGUGGGAGCAACACGCAUUUAUAUCUGCUGAAUACAACAUAUAGUCCAGUCUGACUGGCAGGUAUGCAAUCGAAAGCUCAUCGGGAGUCAACACUGACAUCAUAUCCAAAUCAGGGCUCUGGUUGACUUCUACCAUAACCUCAGAAUCUUUCAGAGUACUUGCUGCAUUUUUACGAUGGUUACAACAUCUCUGCUACUAUCAUCCAGUGCUAAGAAGUUCGCGCCUUCCACUAUCGUACCUGUCUUGCACAACCCACCACAUGCGCGCCUCGCCCCACCGCGCAGGAGGUUAACACAUGCGACCACACCUUUGCAAGACGACAGCUCGACAUCUCGUGCUAUUUCAGAGACAUUAUCCUCGAUAGGAAGCAUGGGUUUUGUGACCUUGCCUCCACCACAGGCUCAGACGAAACCUAGAAAGUCGAAACGCACCUCAGAGCCUCCACUUCCUCCUUCCGAACCACCUGUGGAGGUGAACUUGGAACCUUCCCCUGGUGCGCUGGAAUCAGCCAUGGCAAAGAUGACUCCCAGACAAAGAGAGGCAUUUGGGCUUGUGAUUUCGACUAAACUCUCCGCGGAAGAGAUCGGUGCCAGGAUGCGCGAUGAGAAGCCACUGCACACCGUCACUGUUGUCAACUAUCUUUUGUCUGCUUUUGAUAUCGCCGACUACACAUGGGAAGAGGAGGAAGCCCUGUAUCACGCUGUGGGGAAGGACCGUCUCUACGAAAUCGCCCAAGCAGACCAUUAUCGUUGGAAGAAGAGCAACGGUUAUCAUGCAUACGUGACGAACGAAACGCGGGUUAAGAAGAUCGUUCAGGACGAUACCAAACGACGCAAACUCAAGAAACAGCUUGCCAAUGGGAAGGUGAAACCGGAGGAACUUGCUCUCAAGAUGCAAGAAAUUUCUCAGGGUUGGACUUUCGCUAACGGGCCACCUGAAAUACCUAACGGCAUCCGGAAACAUUUGAUCAUGCAACACUUGAAGAAAACUAAGAAACAUGAAGAAUCGCCCGGGUUCUUUGUACGAAAUCAGGAUAUCCGCGAUGUCAUGCAAGCGGUCCUAGCGGAGGCAGCACUGCGCUCCAUGCCCAAGGACUCUGACUAAAGAACCUUUGUAUUUCUUUUCUAGCGGACAUUUUCGUUUCAUUGUAGCGUUGUAUGUACUAGUAGCGUCAUGGAACUUUGCGACUAAUACCCCGAAUUUUGCUGUACUAUGUACGAGAAUCAAAUGCAUGUAUGUAUGGGAAUAAGUAAUCGAUAGCUUUCACUUUAACAAUAUCAAGAAUAAUGUGCCUUCGUGUCCACCAAA